CCGUGCGGAAUGAAAGCGCGAGGACUGCGGGUGUUACUCUAAAAGCUACCCCCCGCGUCCCUGACGGGACCUGCGCUCUCGCUGCGGAAGAGGUGCAAUACAGAUUGGCAUUCGCUAUGUCCGCCAACAACAUGUCGGACCCCCGGAGACCUAACAAAGUGCUGAGGUACAAGCCCCCGCCCAGCGAGUGUAACCCGGCCUUGGACGACCCGACGCCGGACUACAUGAAUCUGCUGGGCAUGAUCUUCAGCAUGUGCGGCCUCAUGCUUAAGCUGAAGUGGUGCGCCUGGGUGGCCGUCUACUGCUCCUUCAUCAGCUUUGCCAACUCCCGGAGCUCCGAAGACACCAAACAGAUGAUGAGUAGUUUCAUGCUGUCCAUCUCUGCCGUAGUGAUGUCAUAUCUGCAGAACCCUCAGCCCAUGACGCCUCCCUGGUGAUGUCAGCCUCCAGGGGUCACAAUCUGGACCCUCCAGAUCCACUGUUCCCUAGGCCUGGCCUGUGGCUGCUCGACCUCCUGCCUUCCGCUGCUGGGCUGGACUUCCCUGAGUGAGGGUCUCAGGGCUCCCAGCUGGAUGAGAAACAGAGUCCCAUUUGUGCUGGGGCAUAGAGGGGGAUACCAGAUGCCCACCCCUCCUGCCACUCCUACCCUGCUGCCGUCGGGAGAGAUGGGGUCCGUGUGUUUUCUUGUUGAAACCGGUUAAUAAUAAAGUUUUCCACUCUGUCCUC